AUUCAACUCCGGCUUCAGCGUUCAGGUACUUCGUCGUAUGCUCCAUCGAAGCAAACCGAAAACUUCCAUUGUUGUUUUUCCUUUUCCUUUUCAAUCCGUAUUUUCCCACUGAAUUUGCGUGAAUCAGAGCAGCUGUGUAGUUUCCCACUCUUUAUAGAUUGCAGAAAAGGAGAAAAAUGAUGUCCCCAAAUCAAAUCCCCGAAAAUCGGGGCCCUUCUCAUCCCGCUACUUUAAGGCAAACUCCCUUGCAGGUCAUACACGUAAUUGGUAAUCUCAUGAGAAUUUGGUCAGUCUACUCUAUGUACCGCUAUUUGUCUCAAACAGGGGCUUCGGUUCUUUUGUUUAUCUUCAGCUGUCUUGUUCCCUCAUCCAUUCUGUGUUUACUUCUGCAAAAGCCUUGGAAGGGCAGGCCUCUCACUAACACUCAGGUAGUGCCUUCUGUGAUAAAUGGCGGUGUAACGGCCCUCUACUUUAUCUUGUGGGGAAUGGGGCUUAAAUCUUGCGGUCCUCUCAGGGCCAUAUUGGCUGAGUAUUCUGGUGCUGUUCUUGGAGUGCUAUCUGCAGUCUUGUACGGGAGAAGAGGCAAUUUGUGGAAAAAGGUAGGUGGCCUCUUUGCAAUGUUGGCUUCAUUCUAUUUCUUAUCGCGAGGAUGGGCCCUGGCCACAAAAUCUCCUUUUUCAUUUAGUGAUAACCCGGAUACGGAGUUCCAGUCCGAAGAAAUAGGAGUUAAAGAUAUGCUAAUUCCUGUCUUUGCUGGAAUUUUAUCAGCAAUAAGAAGGGUGGUAGCAAGACGUCUCUCGCUUAAGAAUCAACUUAAAAGGCGGCUUCAUGCCAUAACUAUUGCUUCUGCUACCUGUUUUCUGUUCCCAGUUGCCAUGUGGGACAUGAUCAUUGGAUCAACCAGUGUAGAAUUGCCUUUUUCUGCAUGGGCUUUUUCAAGUUUUGUCCUUUUUGGAAUUAUCUUGAUAUUUUAUGUGGACAGUAUAGCUGAAGAGAGAUUGCAUAUGGUGUUCUCAUCUCCGAGGCAUUUAAUGGUUGCUGGGGGAUGUGUCAUUGUCAUGGAGAUUGCGUACAAAAUGGACUUCUCCCUGCCUGGAUUUUUACUUUGUGCAACCAUUUUGGGCUUUGGAAUACAUGAAGCAACUUCUCUGGACCGUACCAGGAAAGAUUCUUUGCAAAGUUCAGAUAUAUCAAAUGGAGUUUAUGAGGACCGAAUUCAGAUGUCAGCGCUACCAACUUAAAGUUAGGACAGCUCCAUAGAAUCUUCUGCUUUUUACCAGCCAAUCAAAGGCAUGACUGCUGGGAACUAUCCAAUGUGAUGCAAGAUAUUCUGAUGGACUGCAAUAACCAAAAUUUGCAGCACAUGAUCUAGAACAUGCAACCAGAUCUUUGGUCUUUAGGACGAAGGAUACUUUUGUGCUGAUUGAUGAAGAUGGGACCAUAACUUGGAUACAUGUUAGGUAUAUGGUCAUAGAUAUUAGUUACUGUACAUAUCAUGCUCACCUCAAUUCAUGGUCUUCUCAAUGCCAGUGUUAUUUUGGAAAAACUGUAAAGACUAAUGUAUGACUGCAAAUUCUCCAUGUCAAGCAAUAUUAAUUUCUCUGAAGGUCGACAUCAAUUUUGUUGUU